CUCUAUGGAAGCAGGGAGGGCGUGGCCGAGCUCCUGGCGAACUGGACCUCAACUUCACAUUCACAUUCACGCGCUAAGAGCGCACAGACCGACAGUGUAACACAUAUCCAGCACUGCUUGCUUUGGCAAACGCACCUUCAGAGACACCACUGGCACCGUAUCCAAAGCAAGUCACACCAGCACGAUCACGGUCCUGCGCCUCAAACUCGCUUUAAAGACGACGCACACACCUCUGUCAGCCUCCGCUCCCACCAACAGUCACCGGACCUCCACCGCACCGUCAAGCAAACUUUGCUGGAAGGUCACGCCACUUCACGGAGCAACUUCCCACAAUCUGCAUGAUAGCCAUCCUUCAACAACCGUAAGGCCUGUAAAAUCGUCGCCAUGGAUUUGCAGUCCUUUGCCGCGAACCCUCUCAUGAUGGGCUCCGCCCUCGCCCUCGCCUUCGUCGCAUACUUGUUGCCUUUCAACAUCUUCAUCUUCGGACAAGACGAUGAAGAGCUCGAAGAUUACAUCGGCUACUUUGCACUCGCGCCGGCCUUCACAGCCGCUAUGGUCAUCUUCCUUCCUUUGAUCUGCGUAAGCGACUUCCUGUUCGCAACGCUCGACCUCAGCCUGAACUUCCAAGCAUGUCUGACAAUCGGCUGCUGGGCAGCGAUGACGAUCCUGCUCUGCUGCCUUGUCGACCGAUAUGUUCUACCUGAGAUAGACGAAUAUUCUCUAAAAGCGCCAGCUCAACCGCAGUCUCCGCAAGUCGUUCAGACUGCACCGUGGCGUAUCACACAACAACGCGACACAACACGCAGAAAGCCAGCCCACGACCCAAAGCUCUUACCAUCUGACAUCAGGACUGCAGAAACGAGCGACUUCUCCAAUGAAGAGCCCUUUCAACCGCAGUCACAGGCUCUGCAACCCGCACAGCCGUCGCCGCCAUCUCUCACACAACAUCACGGUAAGCCAGUCGAGAAGUCAGCCGAGGAGCCACAGCAUUCACCACCCGAUGUCAAGACUUCCAUAACGACCACACUCUUUCAUGAAGAGCCAGUCAAGCAUGAGCCUCUGCGAGUCGUACAGCCUCCGCUAGUGGCUUCUUCCCAGCGUGGCACAACCACCAAAGCGUUAACCCUUAAGCCGCAAUCUCUGCAAGCAGACAUCGAGGCCCCCAAGACGAGCGUCUUCUGGUAUGAAGAGCUACUUGGGCCACUGCCUCCGCCAAUCUCUCCCACACAACACGACACAACCAUGGAAGAAUCAGCCCCCCCGCUACAACUUUUGCAAGCAGAAUCAGAAUCUCCCAAGACGAGUAGCUUCCUGAGUCCAGAGUCACCUGAGCGGCUGCCUCGACGGCGGCAGCUAGCGACAACUUUACUGUACGGUCAGACACCCGGAAAGCCUGUGGUUGCGACGCAGCUCAUACCAAAGGAGAAAAAGCUUGCGCCGAGCCCCAAACGGCGACGCUUAGCACCCUUCGGCUCGUACAUAUCAGCCACCGAGGCCACUACCUUGCUACAAUCCGUCACACUCUCGAUUUCAUGGUGGAAGACUAAUUGCGGCGUCGACGCCACGACAUGCUCUUUCAUGUUGGAUGCUGCUGAAAUAUUCCGACGGGAAUUGGAAUUGAUCAUCAAGAAUGAAGCGCAAGAGCCCAACGUCCCAGUCGCGAGCUCGGAUGGUGAUGACUUCAUCGGCACCAUAGCGCCAUCUCGCAAGCUCGCUGCUGCUGAGAUACCCAUCCUUCCCUCGACGCCCACGGUCGAAGAGAAGCCGCAAGAGAGCACGCUCUCAGCUCCGGAGGCAAAAGAGACUGUUCUCAUCGCCGCUUCCGCUCCGCAUGCCCCUCCGCCUUCUGCUGAGAAGACCAAGUCGUACUCAGCUCCAACAGUCAAGAAGAAUGAGCCGGAAGAUUGCCGCAUCUCAACCGCGCGGCCGGAGGAUGAUGCCCUUGUUGGCGGCACAGGUCCAUAUGCGCUGCCACUUCCUGCUGAGAACGUCGAAUCUGGCGCUCUGGCUGUUGGGUUAGCUGACAUGCAAGAGCCCGCCCUCUCCGGGUCUCCGCUCCCCGUUCAGCUACCUAUCGAGGGGACAUCACCCUCUGCGCAGCUGGAAGGUGAAGAGAACGCUCGUCAUCGGCGCUCGGCGUCUGGCUCCAAGCGCAUCACCAAGCCACGCCGCAAGAAGCGACCCACCGGCUUCUCGGCCAACCGGACCUCCGCCGCUAUCAAGCUGGUAUUUGGCGAUGGCGCUAUUGUUUCUCCUACGGCGCCGUCUCCUCACGAGAUUUCUCUGACCGUCUUCGAAGAUGAAGUCGGCGAAAACAGUACUGUAGCUCCUACGGCAACGUCUCCUGCGCAAACGACGUUGGCGCUUCCCACUCUGGCGAUCGGCGUUGACGCUGUCGUGGCUCCUGCGGCAUCGUCUCCUCACAGUCCUCUGGCCCUUUCCGAACAUGCAGUCCGCGCUGACAGUACUGAGGGUCCUGUCGCGCCAUCUCCUCCCCUUACUCCGCCCGCCCCUCCCACUCUAGCAACUGGCGCUGAUGCCCCUGAGGCAAGUGCGGCACCGCCUUCUGUGGCAUCGUUUGUUCCCCACAGCUCCCUAGCGACUGAUCCUCCCACUACUCACGAGGAUGUGCUAAUGCUCGACUCUGUGGCUGAGAUUGCAGUGAGAAUUGACGCGCUUUCACUCGAUGAUGUGCAGAUUAUCCAAGACAGGGAGAUGGCUAACAUAGCAGCGCAACUUCGCGUGCUUUCUCUUGGGAAUGCUGCACCGGCAGGGCUGCCUUCAGAAGCGCCAGAGAUGGAGGACAGCACUGCAUCCGAGGGCGAUUACGCCAUGCUUGAUGCUCCUAUUCCAGCCGUUGAGGACUUGAUCGCGUAUGCAGAGGACGUGGAGAUGGAGGAGCAGCCGCCGCUGCCGCAACAUGAGCGCUCCAAAUCGCAAUCCCUGAGCCUCCACGCUAUUGCUGAAGCUCCUGCACCAGCCAUGGAGGUCUCAAUCGCGAGUGCUGUGGAGUUGGAGAUGAAGGAGCAGCCGCCGCACGGUGAGCGCCUUCCAUCGCCAACGGCCUACGAUCACCUGUCCCCGCUGCAUCAGGGUCCUCGGUAUGCUACUGAGGAGGCUGACAGCAUUAUCAAGUCUCCUUAUGAUGUGGAGACGGACGCUGCGCCGACCCCGUACUUCUCCGACAAUGUCGGCUCGCAGUGGGUGCAGCCUGCCACGUUCUCAGCAGAGCAGCAGCGAGCAGAGCAGCAUAUGCUGCCCAUGGGUACCACUCAUGCCAGCGGCAUUGCUGAGGGAUUUGGGAACCCUGCACCGCCGACUGGCGAUGCGCAGGUAACCUUACCAUCAUUGCCAGGUGAUCAGGUGCCGAUACUACCUAUGGUUGCUUCUACAGCGGGUCAGGCUGCUGGGAUGAUGAUCGAUCCGCAGCUGCUAGCCCUUGACGUGGCAGGACCUCAGCCGCCAACGCCUAGUGAUACGGUCUUGGCGAGGCCAAAGGCUCCUCUGCGCAAGCGCAAUGCUGGUGGGAUGCGGCACCUGCCUGCACCAAGACCUGCCGACGGACAAGUAUCUCAGCCGCAACCGCCUGGCAAUGUGGUCGCGACACCGCCACAGGCUCCUAAUGGUACCGGUAACGCCGCUGGGAUGCCACAGCAGGCAGCACCGAAACCGGCCCGUGGGCAGUCGUCUCAGCCGUCAGUGCUUGGCAAUACGGUCAGGACAACGCCACAGGCCGUUUUGACCAAUGGCAAUAGCGCUGGGAUGCCACCGCCAGUACCGACGUCGGCCGGCGCUCAAGCAUCCCAGCGGUCAAUGCAAGGCAAUGUGGUCUCAGCGGGGCCACAACGCGCUCCUGGCAACGUCAAUAACGCUGUGAGGCGACCGCAGCAAUCGACGUUUUUCUCGGAAUUACUCGAGUCGGUUAAAGUGAGCCCUGGAAGGAUGUUUCCGCGAUGAGAGGAGGAGACGCAACGUGCAAAUCUCUCCCGCAGAACCGUGCACUGAGGUGCUACCGACACAACCCCCCGGACAAGUCGCCGGGUCGCGCGUGUUGGUAGGUCUUGUCCGCUCACAGCAGCAUCGGCCAGAU